UCCUGUCCCAUCACUAACUCAUCCCGCUCUCCCUGCCCUCCAGGAAAGUUUUUCCAGCGGGCGAGACUCCUAGGGAGGGAGGGUGUGUCUGUAAUAUCAUAAGACAGUGUUUUUCAUGCACUCCAUUCAGGUCGCUCCAGCACCUGGGGAGGCGGAAAUCAGCAAGGAAGUACAAGAGGUGAAGAGCCAGAGGUGGGGUCAGGGCCUGGGGCCAAGCGGAGGGGCAGCUCCAGCCCUAGGGCCCCCAGAUGGGCAGGGUGUGCAGGGAAGAGAUGUGGCCCUCUGACCCAGCUCUCACAGCGAGAUUUCUCUCUCUCAGAACGCUGCCCCUUCUGAGAGAGCCUCCCCAGGGGGGCAAUCCCCAGGGUCUCCCUCACCUGGCUCUUCUCUCUUCAGGCCUUGGCCAAGAAUCUUACAGCUGUCCAGGUGAGGGGCCUUAUCCAGGAGGUCCUGACCGGUUUGAAGAGCUCCAGCUUGACCAGGGUGAGCCACACGCAGUCAGGGCCCUCCCUAUCCUGCUGCAGAAGUCCGGAGCCACAGCAGAUCAGGAGUACUCCAGGACCAUGACCCAGUUCUUCCCCCAGCUCUUCUUGGCCUUCAUCACUCAGGUUCACUAUGUGCUGGAGCUGGGCCUGCGGGAGGACCAGAAGCAGGAGGCCAGAAAGCCCAUCGUGCCCUCCAACCUCGGCCCCUGGAGGUGAGCGGAGCAGGGAAGUGGGACAGGAGAGGAUGGCCCAGAGGUCUGCUCGUGUGGCUGCAGCCACAUGCUGAUGUGGCUGGUGGUUUCUGGUGAGGUGGGGGCUUGGGGCUGGUCCCGGUCCUCAGGGUCAAUGUUGUCAGCCCAUUGGAUGGGAGUCCCUGGCAGAGAUUGCAUGGGCUUUAGAUGGGCCUAAAUGGGACGAGGAAACUGUCGCUCAUUCCUGCUCCAGUCCCUUGGCAAUGGCUGAUGCAGCAAGCGAAACGGAGGAAGCUGUACUGCCAUUGCCUUGAGACAGACUGCAACUUCUACAGGGAAAAUCUGCCACUGACAAUGCUGGACCACAGUUGCUACUCUGACUGGGGAAGGAGCCCAGGGAAGCUGGUGCCUGGAUAAGGGCACACGGGGGAAAGGGGUUAUAGGGCCUGGGGGUCCCUGCCAGGCUAGGGGCUGAACCUGGCAGAAUUUGACAAUUGGCCUCUGGUACAGUUGGGUGGUACCUGGAGCCAGUUCUGAUGUGUCCCGAUCCU